UUUUUCUCAUUCUUUGGCUCAAAAACACCUUCACCACUCCAAUGGCUUCUUCACUUCCUCAAUCACCCAAACCCAUCUCUCCCUUCUUCAAAACGCCGCCGUUUCCAACCACCAAACCGCUCGUCUUCCUCAACUUCCAAACCCGGCUAGCCUCGAAACCCUUGGAUGUAUCAGUCAAUCUCAAGAAGAAGAAGAGCGUGUGGCUCGACCCCUUUGACGACGGCGAAGACCUCAACAACGAAUACGGGUCACUGUUCGCCGACGGAAAGCAAGAAGAGGAUCCGAGACCACCGGAUAAUCCUGACAACCCUUACGGGUUCUUGAAGUUCCCAAUGGGUUACACCGUCGAGCUCGCUUCUCUGCCGCUGAAAAUCAGAGGAGAUGUUCGACGGUGCUGCUGCGUCGUCUCCGGUGGAGUGUACGAGAAUCUACUCUUUUUCCCGACUAUUCAGCUACUUAAAGAUAGGUAUCCUGGUGUUCAGGUAGAUGUCUUAACGACAGAUAGAGGAAAACAAACGUACGAGUUAAACAAAAACGUGAGAUGGGCAAAUGUGUAUGAUCCAGACGAUCAUUGGCCCGAGCCAGCUGAAUAUACAGACAUGAUCGGACUUCUCAAAGGAAGGUACUAUGACAUGAUUCUGUCAACGAAGCUCGCAGGGCUAGGCCACGCAGCGUUCUUGUUCAUGACAACGGCUAGAGACAGAGUUAGUUACAUUUACCCGAAUGUUAACUCUGCUGGAGCUGGUCUGAUGCUAUCCGAAACCUUUACAGCAGAGAACACCAACCUUUCGGAAUUAGGUUACAAAAUGUAUGACCAGAUGGAGGAUUGGUUAGGAAGGCCGUUUAGGAGUGUUCCAAGGACUCCAGUGCUGCCACUUAGGGUGUCUGUUUCACGGAGAUUGAAAGAGGUUGUGGCUGACAAGUAUAGGAAAGCUGGAGUGGAGACAGGGAAGUUUAUAGUGAUCCAUGGGAUCGAAUCAGAUUCAAAGGCAUCAAUGCAAUCAAAAGGAGAUAGUGAUAGUUUGCUUCCACUUACAAAAUGGGGUCAGAUAUCAAGGGGUAUAAGGGGAUUCAAGCCGGUCUAUGUGAUUCCACAUGAGAAAGAGAGAGAAAACGUCGAAGAAUUUGUGGGUGAUGAUACAUCUAUAGUGUUCAUCACAACACCAGGACAGUUGGCUGCUCUGAUAAACGAUUCUGCUGGAGUUAUCGCUACAAACACAGCUGCUAUUCAACUAGCUAAUGCUCGAGACAAACCCAGUAUUGGGUUGUUCUCUUCAGAAGAGAAAGCGAAGCUAUUUGUACCAGACGCAGAAGAGAGGAGUAACUGUGUCAUUGUUGCUUCAAAGACUGGAAGUCUAGCAGAUAUCGACGUAGGAGCUGUUAAAAAUGCAAUGCAGGUCUUUGAGGGAUCAUUGGCUCUCGUGUAAAUAAUCUUAAAAAGUUUGUGAAACAAGUUACAUAUAUAUAUAUAUAGCAUUUAUGUGUAUAAAUCAUUUAUUCAGCAUCAAA